AUGAAGAAGGUUGAUAGGUUUCUCAACAGUGACAUUUUGAUUGAAAUUCUGUCUCAUGUUCCUGCUAAGGAUUUGCUGAGUUUGAAGCUUGUUAGCAAGGAGUGGCAUCGCUUGAUUUCGAGCCGUUGCUUCAUGGAAGCACAAGUGCAAAGAACCAAAGAGGAGGCAUUAACAGGGUUCAUUUUCCAGGAGAAGUUCAUGUGGUGCAAUGAGGACAUCAAAACCAUUAGCUACAUUUCUGUGGAAGAGAACACCAAAGGAGGAGGGGGUUCCAAGGUGAAGCAAAAGGUUUUUGAUUUUCUCCCUGAAGAUGUUGUUAUGAUGGCAUCUUGCAAGGGUUUGGUGUGUAGCAGAAGCUGUUUUCCUUCUGAGGAACCCUUUAUAUAUGUUUGUAAUCCUUCAAAUAAGGAGUGGGUUAAGUUGGAGUGGCCUUGGCCUAUUACUCACUAUGACUGUCUUAGAAGUAUGACAAUAGCAUUGGCUUUCGAUUAUGACCCUUCAAAGGGUUUUGUUGAAAAAUUCAAGUUGGUGAGAGUUAAGCUAGUUGAGGUAGAAGGGGAUGAGGAGGAUGAGGACGAGGAGGAAGAUGGAGAGGGAGAAGGGGAAUUGUUCCUCACAUUUGAGUUGUACCCAGCAGAGAAAGGAGCAUGGAAGACAUCCAAUGAAAUAUGCCAAUGUUAUAGCAAGAUGGUCAAUAAUGGAGGGAUCUACAUUGGGGGUGUCAUGCAUUGGCUCAAUGGCGACCGAGUCCUCACCUUCAACGUCCAGAAUGAGCUAUCUUGGUUGGUUCCUGCACCGGUUCCAGCCUCGGAGUUCAUGGCAGUUCCUGAAGCCUGUAUUGGGGAAUCUGAAGGGAGGCUCAGUUAUGUGUUUGUGUCAGAGCAGGGUGUUCAUGUUUGGUGUCUUGAGGAUUAUUAUGACUAUAAAUGGGCAAUUGUGUAUUGCAAGCCUCUGGAGGAGAUUGAAGGAGAAUGGCCUCAGUUCUUUAUGAAUUUGAGGAGCCAUGUGCUGGAGAGGGUGAAUGGUCCAUGGGUGAAUCCUCUAGCUUUCAAAGAUGGGAUCUUGCUAAUGAAGGUGUGUGUGAGUCUGUACUUGUUUGAUGUUAAGAACAACAGCAUGACUGAGGUUUGCUCCAUUCAAGACCUGAAAUCACAGUGCAUGCUCAAUCCUACUGUAAUUGCCCAUUCACUGAGCUUGGUUCAUUUAAGUCCUGCAUGA